CUGAAUUUAGGCUAGCAUCACGCAAACUAUUUCAUUAUGCAUUCGCUGCAAUACUUAGACCGUUAAGGUCUUUAAGUUAUAGUGGUAUUCAUUUAUACGUUAAUGAUAGUCUUAAAUGGUUCUUUCCAUAUUUGGCAGCUAUAAUCUCAGAUUGGCCUGAAGCUUGUGGAAUAUGUGCUACUUAUGGAUCCCAAAUUCUUUACAUCUAUACCACUUUUGUCUA